AAUUGCUAAGAAACAUCCUUCUACUACCACUACCCCACUUGUCACUAAAAAAGACUAGGAAAGUGCCUCACGAGAAUUAUUGAAGUUCAUCUCAAUUCCUUACACUUCUUACUUCCUCUCUUCUCAUCCAUCCAUCACUUACACUCUUACAGUUCUUCUUUUCUUGAUAUCAUGGCAGUUGCAUUAGUGGGUGGAGCUUUUCUCUCUGGUUUUGUUAAUGUUGCUCUUGAUAAGCUCACUUCUCCUGAGUUUCUCAACUUCAUCCGGAGAAAGAAGCUUGACAAUUUGCAUUUAAGGUUGAAGACUACUCUUUAUGCCGUUAAAGCUGUGCUGAACGAUGCAGAGCAGAAACAUAUAACAGACUCUGAAGUGAAAAACUGGCUUGAUGACCUCAAAGACGCUGUCUAUGUGGCUGAUGACGUUCUGGAUCUGCUUUCUACUAAAGCUGCCACUGGAAAGCAGGUGAGCAACUUCUUCUCUAGACAUUUCAAUUUCAAUUCUCAAGACAGGGACAUGGUUAACCGCUUGGAAGACAUAGUUGGCAGACUAGAAUCCAUUGUCAAAGACAGAGAUAUUCUUGGUCUUAAGGAGGUUGCUAACGUCACCAUGUCAUCGAGACUUCCAUCUACCUCUCUCAUGGAGACUCGGUCUACUAUCUAUGGUAGGGAUCAAGAUGAGAAGGCCAUACUCAAGUUGUUGUUAGAUGAUAAUCAAAGUGAUGGUAAAGUAUCUGUCAUCCCUAUUGUGGGCAUGGGCGGAGUGGGGAAAACCACUUUAGCCCAACUGGUGUAUAAUGAUGAUCAUGUAAAGCAGAAGUUUAAUUUACGUGCAUGGGCUUGUGUUUCUGAUGAAUUUGAUAUUCUCAAGGUUAUGAAGACUAUCACAGGGGCUAUUACCAAAAGAAAUUGUACUCUGAAUGAUAUCGAUUUGCUUCACCUUGAAUUGAAGGAAAAUUUGACCGGGAAUAAAUUCUUAAUAGUAUUGGAUGAUGUUUGGAUGGAGAAUUCUGUUAAUUGGAAUUUUCUUAUAAAACAUCUUCCGUUCGGGAUCAUGGGAAGUAAAAUUCUCGUGACAACACGUAGUGAAAAAGCUGCUUCUCUGAUCCAAACCUUCCAAUGUUACCAUAUGAAUCAAUUGUCUGAUAAAGAUUGUUGGUAUGUUUUUGCGAGCCAUGCAGGUAUUUCAUUAGAAUCUACCGAAAACAGGACUUUUGAAACAAUUGGUAGACAAAUUGUUAACAGGUGUAAGGGGUCACCUUUAGCGGCACAAUCACUUGGAGGCUUAUUGCGAGGGAAGCAUGAUAUCGGAGACUGGAACAAUAUAUUGAAUAGCAACAUUUGGGAACUUCCUGAAAAUGAGAGCAAUAUUAUUCCAGCACUGAGAAUUAGUUAUCAUUAUCUACCUCCACAUCUGAAAUGUUGUUUUGUUUAUUGUUCAUUGUUUCCAAAGGAUUAUGAAUUUGAUAAAGAUGAACUAAUCUUGUUGUGGAUGGCGGAGGAUCUUUUAGAGCCUUCAAAAACUGGAAAGACUUUAGAAGAAGUUGGUCAUGAGUAUUUUGUUGAUUUGGCUUCAAGAUCAUUUUUCCAGAGAGAUAUAUCGAAUGAGUAUUUUGUGAUGCAUGAUCUUAUACAUGAUUUAGCAAUCUUAUUUAGUGGAGAAUUUUAUUCUAGAUUGGAAGAACUUGGGAAAGAAGCUAAGAUCAGUAUCAAGACUCGUCAUUUAUCAAUUAGUGGGUUCACUGAUCAAGUCUCAGAAAGUUUUGAUAUUUUUUCCAAGGUAAAAUUUUUGAGGUCAUUUUUGUCAAUUAAUCUCCAAAAUUCUCCAUUCAACAAUGGAAAGGCAGCAUGCACCAUUCUCUUCAAUUUGAAAUAUCUAAGAGAAUUGUCACUCUGCGAAUUCUCAAAUCUAGAUGCAUUACCCGAUUCAAUAGGUGAAAUGAUUCAUUUGCGAUAUUUGAAUCUCUCUCACACAAGUAUAAAUGCACUACCAGAGUCAUUGUGUAACUUAUACAAUUUACAAACAUUGAAGUUGUACGAUUGUAAGAAGCUGACUAUGUUGCCUAAUGACAUGCAAAAUCUUGUGAAGUUGCGCCAUCUUGAUAUCCGGGGAACUGAUUUAAAAGAGAUGCCUAGAGAAAUGAGUAAAUUGCAUCAUUUGCAGCAUUUAAGUUGCUAUAUGGUGGGCAAGCAUGAAGAGAAUGGGAUCAAGCAACUCGAAAAACUUUCAAAUCUUCAUGGAUUACUUAAGAUUAUGAAAUUGGAGAAUGUUACCAACAGUAAUGAAGCAUUGGAGGCUAAGGUAAGGGAUAAGAAGCACCUUGACCGCUUAGAAUUGUGCUGGUCUUCAGAAAACGAUUUUAACGAUUCCCAAGGUGAAAUGGACAUUCUUUGCAAGUUACAACCUCAUCAAGACCUGAAAGGAAUAGUGAUAUCUGGAUACAAGGGCACAAAAUUUUCAGAAUGGGUUGGACACUCUUCCUUCCACCGCAUGACUCGCAUAGUUCUAUCUGGCUGUGAGAAUUGUUGUAUGCUUCCUUCCCUUGGACAACUACCCUCUCUCAAGAGUCUAUAUAUUAAAGAAUUGAAUGGGCUUGAGAUUGUGGGUGUUGAAUUUUUCAAGAGUGAUGAUUCCUUUACUGGGACACUCUUUCCCUCCCUUGAAAAAUUGGAUAUUUCGAGCAUGGCAUGUUGGGAAGUGUGGAAUCAUCCAAUUGAGUCAAAUGCCUUUCCUCAACUAAAGCGCCUCACCAUAAGUGAUUGUCCCAGAUUAAGGGGAGAUUUGCCAACUCAUCUUCCAGCUUUGGAAUCACUUUGGAUUGAGAAUUGUGAGCAGCUUGCUUCUAACCUUCCUAGGGCUCCCGUCAUCCGGUCAUUAAAGGUAGAGAAAAGCAAUAAAGUGUCCUUACGAGAGCUACCCAUUUCGGUGGAAGAGCUAGAAAUCAGAGGAAGCGAGGCGGUGGAGUUUAUGUUUGAGGCCAUCACCAUCACCCAACCAACUUGUCUUCAAGGUUUAAUGAUCUGGAGUUGUUCAUCUGCCUUAUCAUUCCCGGGAGAUUGUUUACCCGCAUCACUCAAGAGCUUGUAUAUCCGGGAUUUCAGGGAACUAGAAUUUCCAAAGCAAAACCAGCAGCAACACGAGUUACUUGAGUCCCUUGAUAUAGAUAACAGCUGUGAUUCUCUCAUAUCCUGUAAAAGUUCACAGGAUCACUAUUAGUAAUAAGUAGUAGUACAAGGACUAUAUUGUAAUAAUAUAGAAGUUCAUUGUAAGCUGGCAUGAGCUGGCAUGUUAGUUACUGAUUAGUUUAGAGUUUGUUAGGUUGUUAUAUAAUUAGUUAGUGUCUAAUCUAGGUAUAAAUAGCUAUGUACAGUGUUGUAUUGCAAUUCAGUUGAAAUCAGAAUAUCAAAGUUUCUUCUUCUUCUUC